ACUGUUUUUGUUAUUUUAGCUCCACUUGGUGUAUUAGACCCACUAGAACAACAAAACUUUUAUAACAACAUGAAUACUGGCCCCCAGGGAUCCAUUUAUUCCAGACCUCCCCCUCAGACCCCUUCACGAGAAACACCACCUCCUAUUCCUCCCCGGACGCCGAUCACCACGCCAACCACUGCCUUGAUACCGCCGGCGCCCCCACCCCAGCCCCAGCAGGACUCGGACGGCGACGGCGAACCCUGGAAUUGCUCAGCCUGUACCUUUCUUAACCAUCCAGCUCUGAAUAAGUGUGAAUGUUGUGAAAUGCCCCGAAUGAACACCUCUCCGCCUAGUACAGGUACUGUUACCACAGGUAUUGUCCGCCAUGUUUGUACAUCCGAAUUAUGCUAUUGUCAUAAUAGAUGAAGGUUAUAACCUCUGACUUUUGACCUUUUGAUUUUAUUCAUUCAUCUUACCAAGGGAGAUGACUGGGGAAAUUCAUUAUGAAACUGUCAACUUGAAUAUAUGCAAGUAGCUGAGUAAUUUUAUUCCAAAUGUUUU